UUUACUUUUGUGCAGUAAAAAGCUCAAAAGAACAACUGCCUAUCAUUGUCUGGACUCUUAUUUGUGUUUUUGUAAUCAUUAUAGUAGAAACACAAGGGACAAGCAUGAUAAACAUAUCAAUGUUUGUUUACAGCCGCCGCCAUUACCUCACGUGUUGAUCAUGAAUGCAGUGAACGUGUGCACUGUUUGCAAUCGCGUACAUAAGAAUACCAAAAAGCGCGUCGGGUUUCCUGACUCGUGUGUUUGUGUAUGUGCGUUCCAAUCGCGUGAACGGUUUGACGGAAGAAAACACUCGCGUCUGGAGAUACUGACACACAUACGCAAGUAAAUAAGGAUUUAGAUGUCAUGUUUGGUGCAAUCGGAUGAAACAACAAGGAAUGGAGAGACUGGAUUGUGGAUUGCGUAUCCAUUGACUGCAGGAGGCACGAGUCAUGCAUAUGGAUGUCUCUGCUCAUUCACUUCAACAGCGUGGGGGUGUGGCGAUCUCAUCUCAUUACAGUUAAACAGGUAACAGGAGAAAGACGGUACCUCUCCUCCUUCUCAUACAGUUUACACCGAAUGACAAUAUCUGUUUUCAAUCUCACUUACAUCAUUUAAAAGGAGACAUUCCAAGCAUUAUGUAGACAUUAGGGCUGAAACAAUUCCUCGAGUAACUCGAGUGCAAAAAAUGAGCCUCUUUUAAUUAUUUUAAAAACCCAGGUUAUUCUGCAAAGGUUACUUUUAUUUUGAAACAACCCGCUUACUGUUCAUCCCCCACAAAGCGGAAGGAGACGCACGGGUAGCGGUGUUUUGAUUUGAGGGCGCGUGGUUUGAGGGUGUUUUGAUUGAUAGUGCAGGCUGCAAAAUGGAAGGGAACGAUAAAGAUGGCAAUGAGGAAAGAGAAGAAACAAACAAGAAAAAACGACAGAAAAUGUCCAAGGUUUGGGAUCAUUUCAAAUUGAAAAGUAAAGAAAACGCUGUGGCGUGUGUCCAUUGCCAGAUCGAGCUAGCAUACCACAACAGCACGUCAACCAUGCUGCAGCAUCUAAACAGAAACAUCCACUCUACUCACAGACCGGAGGACCAUCACUCGAGACGAGGUAAAUUUAAUGUAUCAUUAAACAAAUGUGAUUGCUAGUUAAGAUGAAUGCUAUGUAACGUUAAGGGAUAAACCACAAUGGCCAGUGCAAUUCUGUGAAAAUGUACCGCACGACGUAUGCGGAGGUGCCGUUACAACAACGGAUAAUUUAAGAGCCUAAGUUAUACCAAGCAUACUUAGUAAAAAAAUACAUUUACUGUCCAGAAAAAGCUGUGAAUGGCUCUUAGAAUGAAACAUACUACUAGAUACUUUUUUAAUACAGUGGCUUGGAUGAAUACGGAGUUGUUUGAAUACUGAAUAAUACAUUGUUGUAACGUUAAUCAGCUGUGCUCCAAUACAGCAGGUCUUUUAGUUUGAUUGCAAUAAGGUUUAUAUUUACACAGUCAUAAUAACGGACUAAUAACUAACUGUAUAAUAAUAUUUUGUAUUUGUAAUAAAUAUUAUGAAUUAGUAUAUAAUGACAGAUAUGUGCCGACAGCUACUUCAUGUUCCACUGAGCAAGCAGCUGAGUUUUCAGACAUGAUUUUAAACAUGAUCGUCACAGACAUGCGCCCACUGUCCAUGGUGGAGGAUGAUGGCUUUAAAGCGAUGAUUUCCACUUUCAAUCCCAAGUACGAGCUUCCUUCAAGACCUUCUUCAUGAAAAAGAUUGAGACAAAGUAUGAUUGUAUUAAAGGCAAGUUGAAGAAAUCCCUGCAAGAGACUGACAGCAUUGCACUCACAACUGAUAUUUGGACGAGCGUUGCAACAGAGGCUUAUCUGGGAGUGACAUGUCACUAUCUUGGGGAGGAUUGGGAAAUGCUGUCCCACUGCCUGACAACGAUGCCCCUUGGAAAGAGACACACUGCUGCUAAUAUUGCAGAGUGGAUUGAGGAUGUAAUUUCCAAAUUCGACAUUCCACCUGAAAAAAAUCAAGGCUGUUGAGCACGACAAUGGUGCUAAUGUCGUAGCAGCAGCAAACAUUUUGCAAGAAAGACAUGGAUGGGCAUUAGUGAGAUGUGCAGGGCACACCCUCAGCUUGGUUGUACAAAGCUCUCUAAAGAUCCACCAAGCUAUCUCCAAGUGCGUGGCUGCUGGGAGAUGCCUUGUUGAACAUUUUAAGAAGAGUGAACUUGCUUGCACCAAGUUGAAGGAGAAGCAGAAGCAAAUGGGCACCAAGACAAAUAUGCUGGUGCAAGAUGUAUGCACACGCUGGAACAACACCUAUCAGAUGUUGUCCAGGCUGUUAGAACAAAGAUGGCUUGAAACUGCUGCACUCUCUGACCCAGCAGUGACUCAGAGAGGGAAACACUACCUAGAUCUCAAGCCAGAACAGUGGAACCUGAUAGAGGAGCUGAGCCAGGUUCUUGAGCCUUUUGAAGCAGCUACAGUGUUUCUGAGCGGACAACACUAUGUUACACUCUCUGCACUUCCACAGCUAGUGCACAAACUUAAGAACAACAUACAGACUCCAGAUUUUGAGACUGCACCAGUGAGGUCAUUCCAGGCCCAUGCAACAGAACAGAUCACUGCAAGAUGGCAAGGCUUGACAGAGUUUACACCUGAAUCUCCAAACACCACCCUGCUUGCUGCUGUGCUGGAUCCAAGGUUUCGAAAACUAGAGUUCUUGCCUUCUGACCAAGUAUUCAAGGUUCAAAGCACAGUACAAACCAUGGCUCUUGCUGUUGCUGCCAAAAAGCAACCAAAGCAGCUCACUGCUAGUGAAAAUGGAACAUCCAGCACAGUACACGACUCCCCAGAAGCGCAUGCCAAGAGGGUCACAUCGUUCCUCGACAUACUGGGAUCAGACUCCAGCUCCAGUGAUGAAGAAGAGGAGGAGCAGCAGUUAAACCAAGCUGUGCAGAGAGAGAUCUUGAUGUUUUUCGGAGAACAUCCCCUGUCCAAGAAGGAAAAUCCACUGUCUUGGUGGAAGAUGAAUGCAGCGCGCUAUCCAACACUGGCAAAGCUGGCAAAGACCGUGCUGUGCAUUCCGGCCACAUCCACGCCAUCAGAGCGUCUGUUUUCAUCAGCAGGAAACAUUGCUUCAAAGCGUAGGGCAAGGCUCAGUUCUGAGCAUGUUGACAUGCUUACAUUUCUUCAUUGCAAUCACAUGCUCCUUUAAAGACUUGCACACACGUCAAAAGAAAGACAUUUAUAUUCUGAUGAAUAUAGGGGCAGUACUAAGUAUAUGAAACCAUGCAUGGACUCUUGUUCCAAGUUCUUGUCCACAUGUUUUUGACUCCUUAAUACCACAAAGCAUUCCAAGAAGACGGUUAAGGCUUUUGUUAUGCCUGAGCUGUAGAUUGGGAAACAUUUAGUUUUGAAAGUUAUGUUGCACGAAGGCAGAGUUUUUGUAUUAUUUAUUUUAUUGUAUGCCUUAUUUUUGAUUCUCUAUAAAACUAAUUUGAAAGUAAUUUAUUUUUAUUUGUUUUUGCAUCCCAGAAAAUGCUUUAUUUGAAACCCAAGAAGAAUGUAUGGCACUUAAAUGCACUUCAUUAAUAUAUCAGUCAACUUAGUUUUCAUUGUUUACAGUACAGAGAAACAAUAGGUAAUACCUAAAUGUUUAUUUUUGAUAGAAAAUGUUGUAUGGAUUGACACUAUGCAUUUAUAAAAAUAAAAAUGUUGAUUUUUCAAUAAAAGGAAACCAAUUAGUUGUUUAUUUUAAGAGACCCAUCUUGAAUAUU